AUGAUUGGAGAAGCUCACGAUAAGUCACGACCUGACUUGUACUCUCAGCUUUCGGGAAGACAGAGGGAGGAGAAACUAGAUGACUUCCAGCGCCUAGAUAUACAGCGACGUCGAAACCAAAGGAAUAGAGUUAACUUUAUAAGAAAUGGAAACAUAGUUAACAAACGUGCUGAAAGUACUCAAAGACCCCAGAAAAGAGUGCCUCUUGCUGACAAGUCAAACUUGGCGCUAAGCCACUCAAGGCCAAAACUACCGAUAUCCAAAAUCCACAAGAUCACGAAGCUGGUACCACCCCAAUCCCUCGACUCUUCCUUAAAGAGCAAUCCAAUGAAGUCAGUUUUAAAGAACCAAAUUAUGGAGUUUCACAAACAACCACUUCCGCGUUCUGCUCAAAACGAUGUCUCAAGCAGUAGCAUGGGAGUGAAGAUAUCGACCCUUUCUAGUGUGAUUAAAAGCUCGCCGGCUCAAAAUGCUCUGGUCGCCGCUGUUGGCAAGAAUAACGGCUACUUUGAAAUUACAAGAGAUAUUCUAAACAGAGUAUCUUAUCAAAACAUCACAAUUGGGACAAAGAUAACUGAUCAAGCGAGUAACUUCAUUAGGACGUUCAUUGAAUGGUACAAGGCCAAUAAGUAUAAUUUUGUUGUAGUUCAAGAAAACAUCAACGAAAUGGUACUUAAGACCCAUCAGCACUUGUCUCAGGCACCUGAGUCGUAUGCCAAUCCAUAUUUUGCUGCACCUUCCGGUAUCUUGGAAAUGCAAGCUAAACAUCGUCCCAUUGAAUCAAAAAACUAUCCUACACAUAUUGUUGAGAAAGCUACUUCUCUUGGGAAAUACCUUGUUUGUGCAAAAGUGAGAUGCACCAAGAUCAACAAGAUUGAAAAUGUUUUCCUUGCUAAUACUGAUACAAGAGUUCAUAUUAAUGCUAAUGAUUUACUAGUAUUGAAAAAGGAUGGCUCCUCGCAGCAAGUUUUCAAUGGUAAACCAGUUUCAGUUUAUCUUAAUUGGUUAGUUUAUAAAGAAAGCCCCUUAAGCGUGGAUUUCUUUGGUUAA